AUGGCUGCUGCUAAGGGAAUGGCCAUUGGCAUCGACCUGGGCACCACCUACUCCUGCGUGGGGGUGUUCCAGCACGGCAAGGUGGAGAUCAUCGCCAACGACCAGGGCAACCGCACCACCCCCAGCUACGUGGCCUUCACGGACACCGAGCGGCUCAUUGGGGAUGCCGCCAAGAACCAGGUAGCCAUGAAUCCGCAGAACACUGUCUUUGAUGCCAAACGUCUGAUUGGCAGGAAGUUUAAUGAUCCUGUAGUGCAAUCAGAUAUGAAACUUUGGCCUUUUCAAGUAAUCAAUGAAGGAGGCAAGCCCAAGGUAUUGGUGUCAUACAAAGGGGAGAAAAAAGCUUUCUAUCCUGAGGAAAUCUCUUCUAUGGUACUGACGAAGAUGAAGGAGACUGCUGAGGCUUUUUUGGGCCACCCCGUUACCAAUGCUGUGAUCACUGUACCAGCCUAUUUCAAUGAUUCUCAACGCCAGGCCACCAAGGAUGCAGGCGUGAUUGCAGGUCUCAAUGUGCUAAGAAUUAUCAAUGAACCCACAGCUGCUGCCAUUGCGUAUGGCUUAGAUAAAGCAGGUCAGGGAGAGCGACAUGUCUUGAUCUUUGAUCUAGGUGGAGGCACAUUUGAUGUGUCCAUCCUGACCAUAGAUGAUGGAAUUUUUGAGGUGAAGGCCACAGCUGGGGAUACCCACCUGGGAGGGGAGGACUUUGACAACAGGCUGGUGAGCCACUUCGUGGAGGAGUUCAAGAGGAAGCACAAGAAGGACAUCAGCCAGAACAAGCGGGCCGUGAGGCGGCUGCGCACUGCCUGCGAGAGGGCCAAGAGGACCCUGUCGUCUAGCACCCAGGCCAACUUGGAAAUUGAUUCACUUUAUGAAGGCAUUGACUUCUACACGUCCAUCACCAGAGCCCGGUUUGAAGAGUUGUGCGCAGACCUGUUUAGAGGCACUCUGGAACCUGUGGAGAAGGCUCUUCGGGAUGCCAAGAUGGAUAAGGCUAAGAUCCAUGACAUUGUGUUAGUGGGGGGCUCCACUCGUAUCCCUAAGGUUCAGAGGCUGCUGCAGGACUACUUUAAUGGUCGUGAUCUCAACAAGAGCAUCAACCCUGACGAGGCCGUGGCCUAUGGGGCAGCGGUGCAGGCAGCCAUCCUGAUGGGGGACAAGUCUGAAAAGGUACAGGAUCUGCUUUUGUUGGAUGUGGCUCCCUUGUCCCUAGGGUUGGAAACGGCUGGGGGCGUCAUGACGGUCCUGAUCAAGCGCAACUCCACCAUCCCCACCAAGCAGACGCAGAUCUUCACCACCUAUUCAGAUAAUCAGCCUGGGGUAUUGAUCCAGGUGUAUGAGGGCGAGAGGGCCAUGACCCGAGACAACAACCUCCUGGGGCGCUUUGACCUGACUGGAAUCCCUCCUGCACCCAGGGGAGUGCCCCAGAUCGAGGUGACCUUUGACAUCGAUGCCAAUGGUAUUCUCAAUGUAACAGCCAUGGACAAGAGCACAGGCAAGGCCAAUAAGAUCACCAUCACCAAUGACAAGGGCCGCCUGAGCAAGGAGGAGAUUGAGCGCAUGGUUCUGGAUGCUGAGAAGUAUAAAGCAGAGGAUGAGGUCCAGAGAGAGAAAAUCUCUGCAAAAAAUGCUUUAGAAUCUUAUGCUUUUAACAUGAAGAGUGCUGUGAGUGAUGAAGGCUUGAAGGGCAAGAUUAGUGAGUCUGAUAAAAAGAAAAUACUGGAUAAAUGUAAUGAGGUCCUUUCGUGGCUGGAGGCCAAUCAACUGGCUGAGAAAGAGGAGUUUGAUCAUAAGAGAAAGGAAUUGGAGCAGGUGUGUAACCCAAUCAUCACAAAACUCUACCAGGGAGGAUGCACCGGGCCUUCCUGUGGGACGGGGUAUACUCCUGGAAGGGCUGCCACAGGCCCCACCAUUGAAGAAGUAGAUUAA